AUGGAUAAUAGAGAAAUUGAAGAUUCAAACAAACAGAAUGAUGUAGUCAAAUAACAUAAAUCUACUGCUAGUUAGGCUUAUUUCAAUUUUAUUAAAUCGAAUUUAGGAAUAGGUAAUUUAAUUUAUUAUACAUACUAAGGUGUCAUUGUUCUCCCUUUCGUCACUUAUUAAGUUGGCUUCCUUUGGUCAAUCGUUUUAUUCAUUCCUAUUGCAUUUAGUUGUUUAAAGUAAAUCGCUUAUCUAAAAUUAUGAUAGAUCCAGUCAAUAGAUGAUUUAAAUUGCAGAUGAUAUGAAUACAGAUAAUAUACUCUAUGCAGAUAUUAUAAGAUAGACUUUGGGAUCUAUUUGGGCACAUAUUUUGGAUAUUGCCAUAAUUUUGCAAUUAAUCGGACUUUGUAUAGCCUAUCUAAUUUUUCUAACAGAAUCCUUAGCAUAGUCUUUACUCUAAAUAGGCAUUCAAAUGAGCAAAUUAUAAUGCUUGUUAAUCACAUUAUUUAUAGUGAUUCCAUUAUCAUUUGUAAGAAAAAUUCAUUUUUUCCAUUCAACAAGUAAAUAUGGGUUUUAUUGUGCUUUGGCUUCAUUCUGUAUCAUAUUAUAUGAUUGUUAAAACAGGCUCUCAUUUGGAAACAUUCAAUUUUCAAAUUUGAUAAACUUCAAAAGUAAUUAUUUAAUUAAUAAAUUAGAAACUUUUAAUUAUGUUGGAGUAGCAAUUCUUUGUUGUGAAGGAAUAUUUACAGUUUUGCCAAUAAGAGAUAGUAUGAAGAAUAAAUUUGAAUUUAAAUCAGUUGCUGCCUAAAGUUUAAUAACUGCAUUUGGAAUUUCAAUAUUUUUAUCACUUAUUAGUUCCUCAACCUAUUAAUCAGACACUCAAUCAAUUGUGUUAUUUAGUAUUUAAGUAUUUUUUGGUAAUUAUAAUAGAACCCAAUCUUAGAAGUGAUUUCGUUGAUUUUAUAUUCAAUUAGUUUGCUAUUAACUUUUCCACUUCAGCUUUUUCCAGCUGUUCAAAUCAUUGAAUAAAUGUUUUAAAAGAAAAUGGUAGAAUUUAUCAGCUUCAACGAUAUUGAAGAUAAUUCUAAUUCUUUUGAAGAAUCUCAAAUAUCAAAGAAUGUUGCCUCAACUUGCGAUAAAAUUGAUGAUGUUGUUGUUGAAAAAGAUGAUCAAAUAUUUGAAGAUAGAUUCUUAUAAAUUAUUAUAAGAACUAUGCUGAUGAUCACUAUUUAUUUUGUUGCAUAUUAGGUGCCUCAUCUAUCUCACUUUCUGAAUUUGAUUGGUAGUAUCUUUGGAUCCUUAUUACAAGUAAUAUUUAAUUUUAUGAUUUAGUUCUGUUUUCCUGUAAUUGUUCAUAUAAUCUAUUUCAAAAGCUCCAAAUCAACAAAACUUAUUAUUCAAUACGUAAUCAUAAUGAUAGUUUCACUACUAGCAAUUGUCUUAGGAACAGCAGAAUCCUUAAAAAAUCUACUUUGA